AUGGUAAUAAAAAUACCAUUCCACUGUUUAUCAGAGGAGCAGCCUAGCGUGCUACGAAGACAGUUAAACUACGUGCUGAAAGAAGGCGGCAGAACGGCGGAGGGUGACACCAUCAUUCUCAUGACCGACGGGGAGGAAAACAGGGAUCCAAGAAUAGCAGCCGUGCUGCCGGAGCUUUUGGCCGAGAAAGUUGUGGUGAACACCCUGGCUUUGGGUACGAGCGCAGAAAAGGAUCUCGAAAACCUCGCCCUGAUGACGGGGGGAAAGGCGUUCUCACUGAGCGACAGCCAGGCAAACAUCGAGGUCGCUAUGGAGUCGGCCUUCGUAGAGUCGACCACCACCCAGCUGGACGAAGCUGACCGUCCGAUCACGAUUCUGGAUGAGUCCAUUAAACUGAAUAAAAGUAAAACAAUUCCAAUCAUGAUUGACCCGGAGCUCGGUAAAGACACGAAGGUCGUCAUUGUGUCGGGCAGCCAAACUAACCUGGAGGUUCACGUUUUGGACCCCAUGGGAAACACAUGCAAGGCCUGCUCCUUCCAUAUUUCGAACUCGGGUUCAAAAUGGCGAACCGUCAAGAUUCCUUCGCCAGCAAUGCCCGGUACCUGGAAUCUUGCUCUGGCGACGAAAGCCGACACGGAUGUAGUAAACGUUCGCGUAACUUCGAUGGCUGUGGCAGCCGAUGACCAUCCCAUUCGGCUGCGUACCUUUCUCAAGAAACUCGACGUCAACCAGGCGCUGGACGCCUGUAUCUUUUCGGAAGUGUCCAAGGGUCCCCAUGCAGUUCUGCGUGCAAAGGUCCUGGCCAAGGUCCUGACACCCCAGAAGAACGUUGGGCAGCUGAUUGUGGAGCUUUUCGACGAUGGAGUCGGUGCGGACGUCACGGCCAACGACGGCAUCUACAGCGGAUACUUCACGCAGUUCAAGGGCAACGGAAGAUACUCUGUGGUGGCCGAAGUUGUGGGCGAUGGCUCGGCAAUUAUUGUGAGAGGACGACGGGGUUCCGGAGGUCUUCCCGUUGUAGCGUCUCCACCUGAAGUAUCUACAAAUGUGGAAGCUACCGAGAAAACGGCUUCUGCCUCUCCGGAGUUUGAAGCCGAAGGACUUCCGUUUGAACAGUUUGUUUACGUGGAUGAAGACAUCGAAGUUGCCGAACCUCUAGAGGUUGUUGGCGAAAAAGCUCCAAGCUUCAGAAGAUUUUCAGAUGGGGGCUCCUUCCAAGUUGACGGCGCGAUCGAUGUGUCUAAGAUUCCACCGGCCUCGAUCCAGGACCUUCGAGUCGCUGAUGUUAUUACUGAGAACGGAUCUCUUUGCGUUGUCCUGUCCUGGACUUGUCCGGGAGAGCACUUGGACUAUGGCCAAGCUUCUCAAGUAGAGAUCAGAGUGAGCACCAACAUGGCGAGCUUUUUGAAGCGUUUUGAGGAUGGUGUUCAGAUUUCCGAGAAUGACGUCAUGGAAGGCCAGUUAUCACCGCUUCCGGCACGAACCAAGCAGAACGUCACCGUCAAGAUUCCGGAAGAUGUGGUGUCCGAGGCGAAGAUCGAAAACCGCACAGAUUUCUACUUUUCUGCUCGUGUGCUGAACAAGGAUGGCCUCGAUUCGGGAGCUUCCAACAUCGCCCUGGCUACAUUUGAGCAUCCCUCUCCUGGGCAGCAGCAGAAGCCGCUGGAUUCGAAGAACUGGGGUCUCUUAAUCGGAGUACCAGUAGCUAUCGUUCUUCUCGUGAUUGUAAUUCUGACGGUUGUGUUCGGGCGACGCAGAACGUCGACGCAACAGAUCCAACCAGAACCUAAGCUUCAUCGGAUCCACUAUGCCUCCUAG